AUCGGCACACUCACUUGCAUUAGAUACCGCAGCUUUUCAUCUCCCUCCAGAUCUCCUUGUGCAAUUGGCCUGAGAAGAGAACAAUGGAAGGGAACUCACCUUGUGCCUCAUGCAAGCUGCUACGGAGACGCUGCACCAAGGACUGCAUCUUUGCCCCCUACUUCCCCUCUGAUGACCCUCACAAGUUCUCGAUCGUUCACAAGAUCUUCGGCGCCAGCAACGUUAGCAAGAUGCUGCAGGAGCUGCCGGUUCAUCAACGAGCGGAUGCCGUGAGCAGCCUGGUCUAUGAGGCGACAGCGAGGACGAAGGAUCCAGUUUAUGGAUGCGUUGGGGCCAUCUCUUACCUUCAGAACCAGGUGUCUCAGCUGCAGAUGCAGCUCGCCGUGGCCCAGACUGAGAUCCUUUGUGCUCAGAUGCAGCAGGAGCCCCCCAUGGCUGAGCAGCCGGUAGAGGCUUAUGACAAUAACCUCACUGGGAUGCCUCAGCUGAUGAACAAUGCCUCCUCUAGCAAUCUAGCUCAGGAUCAGCUCAAGAGAGAGUUUCUUUGGACAUGAGACUUGUUUCCAUUUCCAAUUGCUUGUUGCUUGUUUUGCCAUGAAAGAGGUUGAGAUGUUCUUGACAGAGAAUAUUUCAGAUGAUUGCUUGAAGUGCCACUCUUUCAGCAUGUGAGAUGUGUGCUUUUCCUUCUUGCACAAAGAACCGCCGGCCAUUAAUUUUAAUGAGUUAGCUUGGUGGAAUGCUACACUUAUCUACUCCCAAUGUAUCUUCACACAUGUAUGGUGAGCAUGGGGGAACUUAAAGAAGGAACACCAAAGCUGUUCUU